GGCUUCAAUUAAUCCCAACAAUUUUAGUAUUAAAGAGAUACUUUCAAAGCAACAGAAAAGUUUAAAAUCGAUUCGCAACGAUGGCGAACCGUACGGUGAAGGACGCGAAAAAUGUGCACGGUACCAAUCCACAGUAUUUGAUCGAGAAAAUCAUCCGUUCCCGCAUCUACGAUUCCAAGUACUGGAAGGAGCAAUGUUUUGCCCUCACGGCCGAACUGCUGGUGGACAAGGCAAUGGACAUACGCUUUCUCGGUGGCGUGUUUGGAGGAAACAUCAAGCCCACGCCGUUUCUGUGCUUAACGCUUAAAAUGCUACAGAUUCAACCGGAAAAAGAUAUUGUGGUGGAGUUUAUCAAAAACGAAGAGUUUAAAUAUGUUCGGGCGCUGGGGGCGUUCUACCUUCGAUUGACGGGGUCUUCGUUGGACUGCUACAAGUAUCUGGAGCCGCUAUAUAAUGAUAAUCGUAAAUUGAGACGACAGAAUCGGAUGGGUCAUUACGAGCUGGUACACAUGGACGAGUUUAUUGAUGAUUUAUUGCGUGAGGAACGGGUUUGCGAUAUAAUUCUACCUCGCAUACAGAAGCGGCAUGUGCUGGAGGAGAACAAUGAGCUGGAACCGAAAGUGUCCGCGCUGGAUGAUGAUUUGGACGAGGAAAUGCCUAGUGACGAUGAAAAUCUAGAGGAAAUUGCUGAGGCACUCAAAGCUAAGGAAAGAGGGAAGAAGAUGGAAACUAUCAAGAUCAGAGAGAGCAAGCGGGGAGACCGAUCAACGUCUAGGGAACGACAGAUGGAGAAAACGAAGGACGCUAGUGGCGCGCACGGUAGGGAUCGCGGUGCGGAACGGCACCGGGAUUAUGACAGAGGCAGAGACUACGAGAGGCGAGAGCCGUUAACCGAUCAUCGCCAUAAAGAACGAGAAGCGCGUGAGAAGGAUCGCGACCGCCAAAGGCGACAUGAAAGAGAUCGUCAGGAUGACCGCGAAAGACGUCACGGCGAUAGGGAUAGGGACCGAGAGAGGGAGCGGGAUAGAGAUCACCGGGAAAGAGACUACGAAAGGACCCGCGAGCGCGAUUAUGAACGAGAACGAGAUUACGAUAGACGAAGGCGAUAGUUUCAA